AUGUUUUGGAUUCCAUCAGCAAUAUUGUGUUUCAUUUUAAUCGCAACUCUUGUUAAAAAUUAUGAUGCAAAAUUGCGAUAUGCAGAGUGGACGUCCAAAUUACCAAAUGAGAUUUCAAUAGAUGAUGAUAGCUACAUCAAGCAGAAAGGACAGCAGCUCACAUUUGCAUUUCCUGGUACAAAAUGGUGUGGUCCAGGAAACACGGCAUCGAGUUACGAAGAUUUGGGGAUCGAACGAGAAACUGAUAAAUGCUGCAGGGCUCAUGAUAAUUGUGAUAAUAUACCGGCAGGAGAAACUAAGAACAAUCUUACUAAUAAUGGAAUGUUCACAAGAGACUAA